AGACAAUUGUGUGGAGAUGAACUGUUCCUGCCUUCACUGCACACAAGAGUUGCCAUCGUCAUGGGUGACUGUAGAAGACAAGUUGGUUAUACCACAACCUCACACGUCUGUCCCCAUUACAGAUGUCUCUUAUGCAAUGCAAGUAUGUGCAAAGCACGGCCUGACAGAAGAAAGGUGUCUUGAGUUACUAAUCUACCUGAACAAGGUUGGAAGAAUUCUGUAUUACUCGUAUCAAAAGACUUUAUCACAAGUUCUAUUUCCUGUUCCACCAUUUGUUGUCAAUGUACUGAAGGCUGUUUUCAGACACAAUCAUCAUCUUUUAGAAUAUGACAGUCGAUUUGAUAAGGCAGACAUAGAUCCCAACCAAUUUGCAGAAUUGAAGUGUGACCUUGUUCGUAAUGGCAUUGCGAGGGUGUCUAUGCUGCUAGCGUUGUGGAGUGAGUUCCACCUUACUGCAGAUGGUCAUGUGGACGUGUUUAUUAAGCUUUUUCUUGCUCUUGACCUUGCUUAUCUGACUGGCUCAUCAGAUGUUGUAGUUCAGGAACUUUCAGACACUCUUGGUAGACACGAGAUUACAUCAACUGUGUCAAUGUCUACAGACACCAUCAGCACGACAUCGGAAUCAUCUAAGCAAGCAAAUCAGACAGACAGUUGCAAAGAACUGAUUUGCAAUAUAAAAGAACAUAAUGUUGGCUUGUUGUUGCCAUGGUUACUGAAUGACAAGGAACCAGAUGAUGUGAGUCAACUUUGGUGUGCAGAUGUAGCAGAUGGAGUGAUGCAAGUUGUGGUCGAAUAUUCAUUUGCAUAUAAUUGUCCUUUGGGUCUAUUUGAACGACUGUCUGCUCGUUGUCGUCGUCAUCAUCCUAAUUAUAUUCGUCACUGGAGCAGUGGACUGCUGAUGUGUUAUGGUGCGGUGAGUUUGCUGUUUAGUUGCAGCAAGAAUCCUUCACCUGGCUUUCUACGUCUCAGUGCUAGAGUAGUCAAGUCACAUCACAUUGUUGGCAGAUUGUGGCAUGUUCUUCUGCGUUGUGUGUCAGAUGUGGAGGAUCUUCUCCAGUCUGUUCCUGGUGUUCUUUUUGGUCGAUCCAUCUGCAGUGAGAGUUCGUCGACCACAAGUAUGAGUUCUCUUCCCAGUCAACCUAAGCAUAUUGUGCCUAAUGAAAGAUGGGGACCAUUUGCAGUAGAAACUGUAAUGGGAAAGCACAGUCCAGAGAUGGAAAAGCAUGUAAAAGCUAUAGUACAAGUGUGUCCAAGUGUAAAGGAAGGUAUUCCUCUCUGUGAUGUUGUUUCACCAGAAGGUGGAACUCUAUUGGACGAAAUGGAUGUCCAAGAGAUAGCAGCAGAUAUAGGAAAGUGGUGGCCUAAACUAACAAGUAUUAUUGGUACUGACCAGUCUACAGUGCCGGAGCUGCGUGAAAACUAUUCUAAUUCUGGUUUUGCCCCAUCAGCAGCAUCUCGUAUAUUAAGUGAGUGGCAAAAAUUAAGAAACAACCGAUUGCAAGUAUGUGAAUUGUAUGAUAUGCUCUACUCGUUGCUGACAUUCCAUCUUUACCACAACGGCAUUUGAGUGAUGUCAUGUCACGCAAUGCAGCAUCUGGAUUAGCAAAAUCUAAAGAGACAGCUGCACGUGGUGAGACAAGUCGAGCUGACUCUGAGAUGGUCACUCCACUCAUCAUAGAAAGAGUUGCCGAAAAUGGUUCAGAGCGUUGGCAUGAAAUUGGUAUAUACCUUGGAGUUUCACAUUCAGUGCUGACUGAAUGUGACCAACCUCUGUACACAUUGAAAGAAAAAUUGCGUAAAGUUUUGUCAGCUUCAACAAAUAAAAACAGACAAGCUACAGUUGGUCAGUUGUUGUCUGCUUGUGAUAAAGCUAACGUCGGAGCAGUGAGAAGAGGAUUGGACAGUGAUUCACACCACUAAAUAUUUUAUUUUAUUUAUUGUAUAAGUAGUUUUUUGUUUAAUUAACGUAUAUAAAAAACUUGAAGUUGUGAAUAAAUUUGUAUUU